UCUCUGACAUACCUGGUGGACACUACUGGUUCCAUGUACAAUGAUAUUCAGCAACUGAAGUUGGUCAAUGGCUGGCUUCUAGAUCAAGUGUCGGCCCGAUUCCCAUGUGGAGUAAGAAAAUACACUAUGGUGGAGUUCAAUGAUCCACGAGUAGGACCAAUACAGACAACAGAUUCCAUUAGUAUAUUUGAUGGUUUCUUCAACAAUCUCACAGUACGGGGUGGUGGGGACUGCCCUGAAAUGGUCAUGAAAGGUCUCAAAGUUGCUUUGGAGGAGUCCCCAGAUCAUUCAUUCAUUUUGGUCUUAACUGAUGCAUCUGCUAAAGAUUACAACGAUGAAAACUUAAAAAGAGAUGUAUAUGCUCUCAUUAAAACAAAGCAGUCAAAAAUCUUUUUUUUGGUAACUGGCUUAUGCGCUGGCAGAAGAGACCCCAAAUUUCUAAUAUACAGAGAUAUCGCCUCCUUGAGUUUUGGGCAUGUGUUUGAAGUCAGUCUCUCAAAACUGAACAAGGUUUUCUACUACUUGGAUUUUACUCUAUCAAGACCCAUUAACAGCUCUACCCAACUGUUGUCUAAGGACUAUGAUGGCGAGGAUCAUUCUGUCACCUUCUCCGUGGCAGAGAACUAUACUUCACUACUAUUGACCACAGAUGGGAUGAUCAGCUCAUUACUAAUCACUGACCCAUAUGAUUCUGAAAUAAAACCUAAAACAGUGAUAUCUGAACCUUGGGGAUCCAUGUACAUUGUUGAGAAGCAUGCCAUAGGUUCUUGGACCCUUCGUGUGAAUGGAACUGGGCAUUAUGCUAUACGUGUAGAAGGCUUUAAAGUGAAGAACAUAUCAUAUACAAGACACUGCUCGCAAUGUCACUUCAAUGCUAUAUGUGAAGACUAUUUUGGCAUCAAGGAAUGUUCGUGUAAUGAAGGUUUUGUAGGUGACGGUUUUGCAUGUUCCGACAUUGAUGAAUGCGCCUAUCCUUGGUCUAAUAACUGUCCUGAUAUCUGUGUAAACGUGCUUGGUUCAUACGUAUGUGAGUGUCCAAAUGGAUUCACCAAAAAUACAGCGAAUGAAUGUGUCGAUAUUGAUGAAUGUUCAGAUCCUACACUCUAUCACUGUCAAUCUCUGGCUAACUGCUCCAAGAACGAGGGGGAUUCUUCUUGUACAUGCAAGUCAGAUUACAAAGAAGAUGGGUUCCAGUGUAAAGAAGAAGAAUGUGCAAGAAGUCUAUGUGGUCAAGGUCUAGAAUGUCUCAAUGAAAAAGGAUCCUACAAAUGUUUGGAUCCCUGUUCAAGCUAUACCACUCUCAAUGAGCCCUGGAGAAGCAUCCUCACAUCACAAGGGGACAACUGUGAUAGCCAAAGAACUGGAUGGUACAGAUUCACAGGGAGUGGAGGAAUUCGACUUGCAGAAAGCUGUGUGCCUGAAAACAAAUGUGGCACUGAGGCCUCAAUGUGGAUGAAUGGCUCACAUCCUUUUCCAAAUGAAGGAAUUGUAUCCUUCACCGCUUGUGCUCAGUGGGAUGGUAACUGCUGCUACUGGUCAACCAUUGUAGAAGUCAAAGCCUGUCCAGAUGGAUAUCAUGUAUACAAAUUACAUGGAACACCCAGAUGUCCAGCAGCUUAUUGUACAGAUCCAACCUCUGAAAAUAACCCAUGCUCCUGUGCAAAGGACGAAGAGUGCAUAAAAGUGAAUGGAAUUGUAGGUUGUUACUGCAAAAAUGGGCGGGAUGUUCAACGUUUAGAAGACUUGGAUCUUAACUUACAAUGUAACACACACGACAUGGAGAUGUCCUUUAGGGCAUGCCAACUGAAAAGCUUAAAUGCAAAGAAUAUUCACUUCUCAAACAAUCGCUGCCUAGGAGUCAAAGGCCAAGAUAACACCAGCAUGAUUUACAUCACAUCUCCCCUUCAAGAUGGGAAGUGUAGAGCUCGCCUAUAUAGCAACGGGACACAUGCUAUCUACUGGAAUACCAUGUAUGUGCAACUGGAACCAAGUGACAUAAUUGUGCGACACUCUGAACUUCAGCUAAAUUUUUCUUGUUCAUAUCCACUGGAUCUUACUAUAAAGACAUCUGUAAUACCCGUCCUAAGUUCCAUGUCUUUCAACAUUGAGGGUGUGGGGGAGUUCAAAGCACACAUAGCGGUGUAUAAGGACCAAAGUUAUCUGUCCAAAUAUGAAGACAAGGAGGUAGUCUUGUCAACAUCUUCAACUCUGUAUGUGGAAGUCUUUCUAGAGGGACUUCAGUCAUCCCAUUACAUCACAGUGAUGAAGAAUUGUUAUGCUACUCCGGGAAAACAUAUAGAUGAUCCUAUAAAGUAUUACAUCAUCAAGGAGAGAUGUCCUAACAAAGAAGAUCCUAGCAUCAAGAUGCUGGAAAACGGGGUCUCUUCACAAGGACGGUUUUCUCUGCAGAUGUUCAGAUUUGUUGGAGAGCAUAACCUUGUGUACUUACAUUGUGAGAUCAAUGUCUGCGACUCCGAGAAGCAAAAGUGCAAACCUAUCGAUACGGAAAUGGGAAAUUUAGUAAACACAUGUAGAAUUAAUGCAUACUGGUUUGAGCUUUUGCAUAACAAGGACAUAUUCCAGUUGUUGGAAUCGGGGAAGUUAGAAGACGGUAAAUGGAGGAAGAUGUUGAUGGCUAAAAGUUUGGUUAAAACAUGGAAGGCUCUAAAUCAGGGCAGCUUCAAGUUAUCUUCAAUGCUCAUAGAGGCUUUCCUGCUAAAAGCACUGGAUCUUGUUCAGUUGACUAGAGGAAUUCUCUCAGCUUCUGCAGGGCUGCUGUCUGUUCUUCUUGCUGUCUGUCGUUCAUCUCCAGUCACUGAUAUUCUGCUUGAGCUGCUGACUAUUGCUCUUUUCUGGGCCUUCUUUCUUCUACGAUCUAAGCUAUUUGUCCAAGCUUUAGGGCCAGCUUUGUACAUGCGUAUAUUGGAGAAGUACUAG